ACGGUUGGACCUUAACCAAUACGCCACCGUUCAUUGGUGCAGCAACCUUUGCCUGUUUUUGUUAUUUAUUUUCAUUAUUAUUAUUUUUUAAAGGACCUUUUGACCUUUAUGAUUAUCCUCAUCCUAACUGAAAACUAGAUUCCCCGCCACUCGGAUCAUAGAAAUCUCCGACGGCGGCUUAAAGGGAUAAGCCCCACGCCACGCUCCUCCAACGACAAUCAAAACCACGCUCUUCUUCUUCUUCUUCAUUGGAGCUUCUAACGCUCUCAAAAUUCGACAACAGAAUCAUCAAGUGGCUUUGACUUGGUUAAUCGCGACAAUUAAUCAAAAGACAUUAGCACUGUGCCUAAAGUUUGUCACUUUCCCACUAUCUUUGGCUUUCUUUGAUGCUUAUAAUACAAGUUGACAUUGGUUCUUAGGAAUUUGUAGGAGACUGUGUUUCUAUGAUGGUUCUGAGGUGAAAAUCCCUCUCUUUCUUUGUUUCAGAAUUAUAAUACGAAAUUAUGCAUAUUAAUGCUGCGUUAAUUGAUGCGCAGAACAUGCUGUUUUAUAGCCACUUAAUGCAGGGCCUCUUCUAAGAGUGGCUGAGAAUCAUGCAGGGAAACUGCAUCAUUGCCUUGGAAUGUUUCUGACUUUAGAUGGGUUUCAAGUUUUUAAAUUUUAUUUUAAGGCUGAUGUAUUCAAGUUAUCAUUGGUUUGGAAUUAAACUUCAUGGUUUCACUAGAUGUUAGAAGAAGCAUCCAAUUGUCUUUUCUUCUGUUUUUUCCUUUUAAUUUGAUGUAGGGACCACUGAGGGUUAUGGGCCUAUGGCGUAUGGAUGAUCUUUACAUGUGCAAUGCAAGCAAAGCUUGUUCGAACAUGAUAAUGCCUUCUAUCCAUUUCUGAUAUUUUCCUUAUCUCUUUCGUUUAGUCCUCAAACCUUACUAUGAAAGGCUAUUAUGAUUCCAACCAAAACGAACAGAAUGAUUCUUAGAUGACCAUUUAUGUUUAUAAGCCGGUUUUAAGUAUCCUCUCAAUCCAGUUUUUUAUUCCAAGGAUUUCAGGAAAAUGUACCCUGGUGGUUACACUGCUGAAGUGACAAACUUAUCCCCUAAAGCUACAGAGCAGGAUGUUUAUGACUUUUUCAGUCAUUGUGGUGCAGUUGAGCAUGUUGAAGUCAUCAGAUCUGGUGAAUAUGCCUGUACUGCAUAUGUGACAUUCAGAGAUGCGUUUGCUCUACAAACUGCUGUGAUGCUCAGCGGAGCUAGCAUUGUAGACCAAUGUGUAUCCAUAACACGCUGGGGAAGUUAUAUUGAUGAAUCUGAUCCUUGGAACAAUCCAUACAAUCCUGAAGGCAACACUAGCUCAAUGGCUUUUCACACGAGUGAGUUCAUUUCUACUCCUGGAGAAGCAAUAACAGUUGCUCAGGAAGUUGUCAAAACAAUGGUAGCCAAGGGAUAUGUUUUGGGCAAGGACGCAUUAACAAAGGCCAAAGCUUUCGACGAGUCCCAUCAAGUCUCAGCUACUGCAGCAGCCAAGGUUUAUGAGCUAAGCAAUAGAAUUGGGCUCACUGAGAAAAUCAAUGCAGGCAUGGAAGUUGUUAAAUCCACAGACGAGAAGUUCCAUGUUUCCGAUAUCACCAAAUCGGCCGCAACUGUUGCUGGAACAGCAGCAGUGGUAGCAGCCACAGUUACUGGGGAAGCAGCUGUGGCAGCAGGAAGCGCUUUAGUCAAUAGCAGCUUCUUUGCCAAGGGAGCUCUGUGGGUUUCAGAUGUAUUGACACGUGCAAGCAAAGCUGCAGCUGAUUUGGGUUCUCAUACCAGUAAAUAAACAACGUUCACAUUUGUCUUGUCUAUUUUAUCUCCUAUAAAUUUUCUUUGCAAAUAAAUAGGCCUUGAAGUAAAUUGUGAUCUAAUAGAUGACCUUUCAAAAUCGUUUAGAAACAAUCUUGCUGGUUUUUCUUUUGACCA